AUGAUAACACGAAAAACGCGACAAGAUACCGAAACACAAGCAGAACAAGCGAAUGUAUCAAGUGACAUCGGAUCGAAGGAAGCUGAAUUUACUUCGUUGUUGAAAAAGCUCGCUUAUUUUAACCGAGAAACGGCCAAAGCUCUUGAUAGUGAAAUUGGAAGUGACAAAGUAAAUAGACAAUACACUUUGCUUAAAGGUAAACUAGACGAUGCGUAUGGGUUAAUAGAAACAAUACAGUGUUUAAAGAUUGAUGGCGACGAGAGUGAAGAAACAAUUGAUGAAUGGGCCCGAGGAAAUAAGUUAAAAUUGGAAACCUACGAAAUGGCCGUCGAAAAGCUUGAUGAAAGAUUAAAAUAUGAUGAAAACAUACGCAAGGAGAAGGCGCUCGAUGAGAAACUUAAAGAGGAAAGCGCUAUUCGAGAAUGGAUGAGACAAGAAGAACAAGAAGCCGAGAACAAGAAGAGAAUCCGAGAAGAACAAUUUAUUUUACAACUAGAGGAAAAGAAGCUGCAAAUGACGGAAAAGAAACGAGUAAAACCAAAAUUGCCGGAUUUAAAAAUAUCGAAGUUUGAAGGAACACAUCUAGAUUGGAUAAGAUUCUGGAGCAUUUUUUCCACUCAAAUUGAUCAAACAUCUAUACCAGAUGAAGCCAAAUUUUCUUAUUUGAAAGAGCUUGUCACGCCCAAAGUUCGCACGACGAUCGAGAAGUUACCUGCUGACAGUGCUGGGUAUAAGAAGGCAAAGGAAUUUUUGGAGCAAAGAUACGGAGAUCCUAGUGAAGUAGUGAACUCACAUAUUCAGGAAAUUUUGUCGCUGCCAGUUAUUCAUGGAAUUUCAAGACCCAAGAUUCACAACUUCUACGAUGAACUUUUGGGACAUGUUCAAGCUUUAGAGACACUUGGGAAACUGGAAGAAGUUGUUGGCAACGUGCGAAUGACAUUAGAUAAAUUAGUGGGUGUUCGAGCAGAUUUAAUCCGAACUGACAGAGACUGGAAAAAGUGGACUUUUACUGAACUUGUCGAAGCUCUGCGGCAAUGGGUAGAACGCAAUCCACUACAACCGGGAGACAAAGAUGCUGGCCAACAUCCGAAAUUCAAGCCAAGGGAUAAACAGUUUACAACUAAAGAGCAAUCAAAACAACGUCAAUGUGUCUAUUGUGAAGAUGACCAUAAAUCAGGAGAGUGUACAAAAGUGGUUGAUGUCGGUGAGCGUAAGAGAAUUCUAAGCAUUAAGAGACGGUGUUUUAACUGUACAGGAGAGAGACACAGAGCGCAAGAUUGCAGGAGUAAGAGCCAAUGUUAUAAGUGCCAACGCAGACACCAUACUUCUAUUUGUGACAAGAACGAACCAAAUCCAGCAAUGUGUCAACCUAGUCAAACCAAUGUUAUAUACCCCGUUGUAGUUGUUGAGCUUGAUGGAGUAAAAUGUCGCGCACUUCUGGACACUGGAUCGGGAAAUUCGUAUGUUUCUUCUACAUUGAUGAAGUUGACGAAAAAGAAGCCGGUCAGACAGGAGAUUCGAACUAUUGAGAUGAUGUUGCAUAGUACUUCGAAGAAGAUUGAUAUUUACGGUGUUAAAAUUGGAAGCGUUGAUAAAAAGUUCAGUAUGUCAUCCGAAGUGAGCUGUGUUGAUCGACCAGUACUGCUAACCUUGCCAAACCCACGUUAUGGAGAAGUUAUUGCUAAUAAUCCUCAUCUCGAAGGCGUAAAGAUGGAUGAUGUUGACUCGAAACCGACGCUACCGGUACACAUGAUCUUAGGUGCGAGUGAUUAUUCACGAAUCAAAACAACAACGCCAGCCAAAGUUGGGGACAGCGGUAAACCGGUAGGUGAGAAGACGAAAUUAGGGUGGACCAUUAUGUCACCAGGACGUGAAACCAAACAUUCGUACUUGAUGCUGACAAGAAGUACACAGGAAGACUACCUGGAACUGUGUAGUUUAGAUGUUUUGGGGCUUGAGGAUCGACCUGAAGGAGACCAAACAACUGUGCUUGAAGAAUUCAAAGAGCAAUUGAUCCAGAGAGAAGAUGGAAAGUAUGAAACAGCACUGCCAUGGAAAGCUGGCCAUUCACAGCUACCAACUAACCUUAACGUUGCGCGAUCGAGAUUCAAGUCACUGCAAAAGCGAUUGGAGAGACAGCCCACCUUGCUUGAGACAUACCAUCAAAUUAUCGAAGACCAAGUGGAACAAGGAAUUGUUGAAAUCGCACCAACGCAAUCAGAAAAGCACCACCACGAACAUUACAUUCCCCAUAAACCAGUUGUUCGAGAGGAAGCCAAAUCAACAAAAGUUCGCAUAGUUUACGACGCUUCUGCGAAGGAAAAUGAAACAAGUCCGUCACUGAAUGAAUGCUUAGAGAUUGGCCCUCCACUUCAACGAAAGUUGGUGGAUAUACUCUUGCGCAACCGAGUUAAACCUGUGCUAUUAGCUGGAGACAUCAAACAAGCAUUCCUCCAAAUCGUUAUCAAGGAAGAGGAACGUGAUGCGCUGAGGUUCUUGUGGAUUAACAACUUGCAAAGCAAAGAAGAGAUCGUUUACCGAAUGACAAGAGUUAUGUUUGGUUUGGGCCCGAGUCCAUUCAUUCUUGGAGGAACGUUGAACGUUCAUUUGGAGAAAUACUCACAGGGUUAUCCUGCGUGUGUUCGAGAGCUCAAAGAUGGCACAUAUGUAGAUGAUAUAAACCUCGGGGGAGACACGGUAGAAGAAACAAGAGAAAUGAAAGAAGAUGCUGUUAAAAUUCUCGGAGAAGGUUCGUUUGAGCUGCAUAAGUGGCAUUCGAACAUUGCCGAACUAGAAAGUGACGUACAGGAUGAUGGCGAGACUACAUACGCGAAGGAGAGUCUAGGAACAACCCCGUCUGAAACCAAACUACUUGGUUUAGGCUGGAACAAAGCAGAAGACACCUUGAUAGUGACAUUUCCGCAACACGAAAACGAAGUGACGAAACGAGUUGUUCUGAGAACCACAGCCAGAAUUUAUGAUCCACUGGGAUUGGCAUCUCCUAUCUUGCUGACAGCCAAAGUAAUUUUUCGGGAAAUCUGUGAUGCUAAACUGGGAUGGGAUGUCGAACUGUCAGAAUAUCUCAAACGACGAUGGGAAAACUGGUUGAAGAAAUUACCUAUCCGUUUGACGAUGCCAAGAGCGAUACCAAGAGAAAUCGGUCUUAUUGUUGAACUGAUUCUGCAUGGAUUCGCAGACGCGAGUCUUCUUGGUUGUUGUGCGGUAAUUUAUGCAGUUAUCAAGCAAACUGGUAAAGUUAGUCAAGGGUUCCUGAUUUCGAAAGCGAGAUUGGCUAAACGAGAUCUGACAAUUCCUCGUCUGGAAUUGGUGAGCUGUCACAUGCUUAGCAAUCUUCUACACAAUGUAGUCAAUGUUUUGAGUCAUCUUCACAUUGGAGGUGUAUUUGCAUGGACUGACUCUACUGUCUGUCUUCAGUGGAUCCAAGGUCAAGGGAAAUAUAAACAGUUCGUAGCAAAUCGCGUACAAAAAAUUAACGAAAAAGAAGGAGUUGUUUGGAAUCACGUCCCCAGUCAAGAAAAUCCAGCAGAUAUCGGGAGCAGAGGAGCAAGUGAGUUGCAAACCAAUGAAACGUGGAUGAACGGACCGGCGUGGCUAAAUAUUCCCGAUGAAUGGCCAGAGAAAAUUGUUACUAAACCCACUGAUGUGUCGGAGUCUGAAAGUCGCUCAGUAAAGACCGUUAUGAAAACUACCUUCCAAAGGAAAUCAGAUCCCGUAGACGAUCUUCUAGCUAAAACAUCUCUAUGGAAAGCUGUGCGGAUCUUGGCAUGGAUGAAGAGAUUUGCUGCCAAUUGUCGGAGAAAGGAAAAAAUUCGCACGCCAUUACGAACUGAAGAGACCGAAGAAGUAAUGAAAUUUCUGAUUAGACGAGCCCAACAAGACGGUGAAAAAUUUGAUCAUUUCAAAGAACACUGUGAACGAUUGAAUCUUCAGAAAAACGAAGACGGCAUUUAUGUAUGCAAGGGAAGAAUUCAAGGAGUUUAUCCAGUAUAUUUGCCUUCAAAGCAUCUCUUAUCUCAGAAGAUUGUGGAACGCGCACAUCUUUUUACCCUUCACGGCGGUGUUGGACUUACCAUGAGCAAAGUGCGCGAUGAUUACUGGAUCCCCACACUACGCAGUCUCGUGAAAAAGGUCAUAGGUAAAUGCUAUGGAUGCAAGAGAUAUCACGUAACGCCAAUACCCGCUCCAUCUCCAGGCAACCUUCCUAAGGAACGAACUGAAGGCGAGAUUCCUUUUGAGGUUACUGGUGUUGAUUACGCCGGACCCAUCUACUAUAAACGCGACGGGGGAGCUGAUCGUAAAGCAUACAUGAUUAUCUACACCUGCAGUUUAACUCGAGGACUCCACCUAGAGAUUCUGCCAGACAUGAGCUGUGAAGAAUUCCUGAUGAGUUUAAAACGAUUUAUCGCAGCAAGAGGACGUCCAAAGAAAAUCAUAUCUGAUAAUGGAAAAACGUUCGUGGCUGCUUCUAGAUGGAUUAAGAAAAUCGAACGCAAUGAGAAACUACAUGGUUAUCUAAACGAACAUGGAGUGAAAUGGCAGUUCAAUCUAAGUAAAGCUAGCUGGUGGGGUGGCAUGUUCGAGCGAAUGGUUGCUCUGGUUAAACAAGCCUUUUACAAGGUCGUAGGAUCUGCGAAGCUAACUUUUAAAGAAUUACAAGACGUGAUGCUAGAUAUCCAAAUCAUAUUGAACAACCGACCACUAACUUACUGCGAAGACGAUAUCCAGCUACCCGUGUUAACGCCAAACAUGAUGAUUUUUGGAAAAGCUAACUACUUGAUGGAGUUAUCGCCUGAGCAUAUUGAAGAAAGAGAUCUACGUAAGAGGGCGAAAUAUUUACAGAAAUGUAAAGACGCAUUGUGGCAACGUUGGAGAGCAGAGUACAUGAGAGCCCUUCGCGAAAGACAUAAUCUAACUCAUAACGUCAAAGAAAGAGAACUGAAACGGGGGGAUGUCGUUCUAAUCAAGGGCGAAGAAAAGAAUCGUGGGUUGUGGAAGAUUGGGAUCGUUGAAAAGCUUAUAUCAGGCAGAGAUUCAGUAGUUCGAGGAGUGAGGCUUCGUGCAGGCAAAUCCUUCCUUGAAAGGCCAAUACAAUUUCUUUACCCCAUGGAACUUCAUUGCGAGCGAGAAGAGAAAGAGAAGAUUCCAUUGAAUCCCACGGCAAGGGAAUUCCGACCGAAACGUAAAGCUGCAGUUGAUGCACGACGAAACAUUGAACUUAUAUGUGGUCAUGAAGAUGAGAACACCUGA